AGAAUCCUGCCGCCCAACAAUGGCCUUUCCCAGGAGAGCCCAUGCGUGGGGCACGGAUGAGAGCAAGCUGCAGAGGGAGAGAGGAUGGGAGGCGAGGAGGCGGCCUGAGGGAAGGAACAGGAGGGAAGAGAGAUGAAGGGCAAAACCGGGGCCAGCCAUGCCUGUCCUAACAGCAGCCACCCAGCGGUGGCCCAGCCUGCUGACAACUAGAAAAUCAGAAGAAAAAGGAGAAUCCACCAGGAGACCCAGGUUCCCAUGAGCAGGGGCCUUUAUCUGAAGUUAAUGGAAGCUAAGCCAGGUCCUGACAAUGUACCUUCUGAUGGGGAGAUGAGACUUUCCUCUGACAGCUAAGGUAACUCUGAAGCGUGAGCUGCCAGAAUUCAAGGCCACCUGCUUAAUAGAAGACAACUAGAAACCUCAUCCAUGAGCAUAGUGCAGACCAUGAAUUACGUGGGGCAAUUAGCCGGCCAGGUGUUUGUCACCGUGAAGGAGCUCUACAAGGGGCUGAACCCUGCCACACUCUCAGGGUGCAUCGACAUCAUUGUCAUCCGCCAGCCCAAUGGAAACCUCCAAUGCUCCCCUUUCCAUGUCCGCUUUGGGAAGAUGGGGGUCCUGCGCUCCCGAGAGAAAGUGGUUGACAUAGAAAUCAAUGGGGAAUCUGUGGAUUUGCACAUGAAAUUGGGAGAUAAUGGAGAAGCAUUUUUUGUUCAAGAAAGAGAUAAUGAUCAGGAAGUCAUCCCCAUACACUUGGCCACCUCCCCCAUCCUGUCAGAAGGAGCUUCAAGAAUGGAAUGCCAGCUGAAAAGGGGCUCUGUGGACAGGAUGAGAGGCCUGGACCCCGGCACACCAGCCCAGGCGAUCGCUCCCAGCGAGACACCGUCAAGCAGCUCUGUAGUAAAGAAGAGAAGAAAAAGGAGGAGAAAGUCACAGCUGGACAGCCUGAAGAGAGAUGACAACAUGAAUACAUCUGAGGAUGAGGACAUGUUCCCCAUCGAGAUGAGCUCGGAUGAGGCCAUGGAGCUGCUGGAGAGCAGCAGAACUCUUCCUAAUGAUAUACCUCCAUUCCAAGAUGAUAUUCCUGAGGAAAACCUCUCCCCGGCCGUGAUUUACCCUCAGUCAGCCUCAUACCCUAAUUCUGAUAGAGAGUGGUCGCCCACUCCCAGUAGCCUGGUAGAUUGCAAAAGGACUACCCCUCAUCUUGCAGUUGCGGCCGAGGGAGGUCUGUCUAGUUCUUGCCCUCCACAGUCUUCCCUGUUCCAUCCUUCGGAAAGUCCUUCUGGUUCCCGACCUUCAACACCUAAAAGUGAUUCAGAAUUGGUCAGCAAGUCCACGGACAGGACAGGGCAGAAGAACCCAGAGAUGCUUUGGCUGUGGGGAGAGCUGCCACAGGCUGCUAAGUCUUCUUCUCCACACAAGAUGAAAGAGUCCAGCCCAUUGAGCAGUAGAAAAAUUUGCGAUAAAAGUCACUUUCAGGCCAUUCACAGUGAAUCUUCAGACACUUUUAGUGACCAAUCGCCAAUUGUGGUCGGGGGGGCACUUUUGGACCAGAACAAGCCUCAGACAGAAAUGCAGUUUGUGAAUGAAGAAGACCUGGAGACCUUAGGAGCAGCAGCGCCGCUCUUGCCCAUGAUCGAGGAGCUCAAACCCCCCUCUGCCAGUGUAGUCCAGACAGCAAACAAGACGGAUUCUCCUUCCAGGAAAAAAGAUAAACGAAGCCGACAUCUUGGUGCUGACGGCGUCUACCUGGAUGACCUCACAGACAUGGAUCCUGAAGUGGCGGCCCUGUAUUUUCCCAAAAACGGAGAUCCUUCCGGACUCGCAAAACAUGCCAGCGACAACGGAGCCCGGUCAGCCAACCAGUCCCCGCAGUCGGUGGGCAGCUCGGGCGUGGACAGUGGCGUGGAGAGCACCUCGGACGGGCUGAGGGACCUCCCUUCCAUCGCCAUCUCCCUCUGCGGGGGCCUCAGCGACCACCGGGAGAUCACGAAAGAUGCAUUCCUGGAGCAAGCUGUGUCGUAUCAACAGUUUGUGGACAACCCUGCUAUUAUCGAUGACCCCAAUCUCGUGGUAAAGAUUGGGAGUAAAUAUUAUAACUGGACAACAGCAGCACCCCUCCUCCUGGCAAUGCAGGCCUUCCAGAAACCUUUGCCAAAGGCCACUGUGGAAUCUAUCAUGAGGGAUAAAAUGCCCAAAAAGGGAGGAAGAUGGUGGUUUUCAUGGAGGGGAAGAAACACCACAAUCAAGGAGGAAAGUAAGCCAGAGCAGUGCUUGGCUGGCAAGGCCCAUAGCACCGGAGAGCAACCGCCGCAGCUCAGCAUGGCCACCAGGGUAAAGCAUGAAUCAUCCUCCAGUGAUGAGGAGCGUGCAGCUGCCAAGCCGUCAAACGCAGGCCACCUCCCUCUUCUGCCUAACAUCAGCUACAAGAAGACUCUCCGGCUGACUUCUGAGCAGCUUAAAAGCUUGAAGUUGAAGAAUGGCCCCAACGACGUGGUUUUCAGUGUCACCACGCAGUACCAAGGCACGUGCCGCUGUGAGGGCACCAUCUAUCUGUGGAACUGGGAUGAUAAGGUCAUCAUUUCUGAUAUUGACGGGACGAUCACCAGAUCAGAUACUCUUGGCCACAUUUUGCCCACCCUUGGGAAGGAUUGGACCCACCAGGGCAUUGCUAAGCUGUACCAUAAAGUGAGCCAGAACGGAUAUAAAUUUCUCUACUGUUCUGCCCGUGCCAUCGGGAUGGCAGACAUGACGCGGGGCUACCUGCACUGGGUCAACGAGAGGGGCACGGUGCUGCCCCAGGGACCCCUGCUGCUGAGUCCCAGCAGCCUCUUCUCUGCCCUGCACAGAGAAGUGAUUGAAAAGAAGCCAGAAAAGUUUAAAGUCCAGUGUUUGACAGACAUCAAAAACCUGUUUUUCCCCAACACAGAACCCUUUUAUGCUGCUUUUGGAAACCGACCGGCUGAUGUGUAUUCAUACAAGCAAGUAGGAGUGUCUUUGAAUAGAAUAUUUACCGUCAACCCUAAAGGAGAGCUGGUACAGGAACAUGCAAAGACCAACAUCUCUUCGUAUGUGAGACUCUGUGAAGUAGUCGACCACGUUUUCCCGUUGCUGAAAAGAAGCCAUUCUUCAGACUUUCCCUGUUCGGAUACCUUCAGUAACUUCACCUUUUGGAGAGAGCCACUGCCACCUUUUGAAAACCAGGACAUUCAUUCUGCCUCAGCGUAAAAUGUCCCAAGCAGUCUCUUGCCAGCAGUGCAGAGCCUGGUUGUCACCCAUUAAAGGAUAGGUCUCCCUGGAGUGCACAGCUCCACCUGGGAGCCUGGCGCGUCAUCAUUGGCCUGACAGCAGAGAGAAUUGAGAAGCAUUUCUCCCCUGCCCCACCCCGGGGCUGACAUUUCUAAGCAAGAUAGGAAGGGAGCACUUUCUAGGUGAGGAGUUGGUCGCAUUUGUACCGUGAAAAGCAUUCCUCAGUUGUGGCUUAAUGCCAGUUACGACGCUGCCUUUCCGGCCUGCUCCAGCAAGUAGCUGUUGGUUCAUGUGCAGUCUGGGGCUGUGAAACCUAGGCAGAAGGUGGCUGUCUGAGGGCUGUCCCCUCCUAGGACAGGGUCAAUCAAGGAAUGCCAGAUGUGCACGGUUUUUGGCAAAGUAGGGGGCACAUUUCCAUUAUAGCAAUGUUAGUGCCACCACCUUCUGAACACAGUGGGGAGGGCUGUGAAGGCUCAUGUGACCUGGAUCUGAGGUCUCUGCUAGAAAUCCAGACGUCACCGGGUCCAGGCUUGGCCUCAGACUUGGCCUUUUGGAUGGGCCCCUUACAGUAUUUGCUGACUAGUCUCAUUUUUAGGUGAUAAGUUUUUCUUUAAUUCCUUUGGUUAAAGAUAGUCUAUUUAAUUGGCAUAUCUCCCCCCAGUUUUUGUGGCUCAAGGCUGGAAUAUUUAUGCCUUAGUGUAUCUAUGGCAGACAUUUUAUUGAGAAUGCGCUUUAUCUAGCUCAUGGUAACUUUGCAACGCCUUAGAUUAAAAUGAUAGUAAAUAUUACUAAGGCAGUAUUUUGAGUGAGUUUGACACUGCCCGCUUCCUUCCAUCCAGCAAGGUGGUGCUGACCAUGUGGUCUUGGGCGCACUUAUGCCAAAUGAUAAUGAUAUUGACUUCUACUGGGAGCUCUCCGAAGAAACUGGUUGGUUUUAAGAAAAUAGUUUCAAGAAGUUAAACUAUAUUCUUUUAGAUAUUAUUUAUUGUUUUACUCUGAUUAGGUUACUGUGCUAGGCAUUUUAGUCAUAUUCUUUCUAUACCACUGUCAUUAAUAUAUUAAAAAGAUAUAUGUGUUAGACUAUCCAAAGGGCCUUACUCUCUCAUUCUCAUAGACUGACCUUCUUUUGGAAUUUAUGAGUCAUUUAUUUUCCUUAGUUUUUUCCACUCAAAUUAAGGGCAAGUGAAAAAGUAAUAAUUUGAGUGGCAUUCUUUAAGCUGACAGAAUGUGAUUCUUUCACUUAUUACACUGGCUUGUGGACAGAACAAUUUGAAAAGUGAAAGAAUUAUUUUGGUAAAAGAUUUUGCUUUAUUUUUUGAAGCAUUAUUUUUUUAAAGAGUGUUUUACUCCAACGAUUGAAACAUUUUCCUAUUUAAAUUUCAUUGUUAGAAUCACAGGAGGCAAAAAAUGGAACAGUUGAAUGAAAUUUUACUCUUUCUGUGAAAGAAAAUCCACAGAGUUGUUGCCUCCGUUGUAGUUGGUGGGCCCUGUUAGCAUCGGAUGCCUUUGCCAGAUGGUUUAUGUGGACACACAAAGGCAAACAUAGAUCUGCCAUCGAUUGCAGAUUUCUCUAGAAACACGGAUGUGCAUGUGCAGAUUCCCUUUUGGAGGUAUUAAAAAUAAUUAAAAAUAGUCCUGCCUGAGGUUGCAGUGAGCCGAGCUUGCACUACUGCACUCCAGCCUGGGUGACAGAGUGAGGCUCUAUGUCAAAAAAGAAGAAAAAAUAGUCCUGCCUUAACUAACUCCUCUGCGCUUGUUCACUAGUAACCUAAAGAGGCUAUAUUCAUUCUUUAUGCAAUGAAGGUAUUUUUGAGUGAAUUUUAGCUGCUCUGAACUAAGUAUAAGCUCAUGGGCCUGCAAAAGUUCACACAGUUUCUCCUUUGCACCCGGGAGGAACUUUGGCUGCGAGAAUGGGGAGGUGUAUCCCUCAUGCAGUUCGCAUCCGGGCAGCCCUCUGCAGUAGCACACUCUGCAGGUGGAGUUUUCAGAGGAUGCAAUUUUGGACCCCGAAUUUUGAUGUACCUUAAACUUCCACAUCACCGCACCCUGAAACAGAGCAUGCUUUCCGGAAAGUCACACUCUCAGAUCUGUGUCAAGUUAACGUGAGCCCUGGCAAGGCUGGCAUAUUAACAUCUGCCUUCUGGCUUCUGAAAGUGAGAUUUGUAUAUGGGCUGCACUCACGCAUAUACGAGUUGGUUUAUCUUUGUGUACAUGACUAUAACCCAGUGAUGUUGAGGUCAUGUGCUGGAAUGCUGUAUUUGGACCACACGUUUCAAAGUUGCCCUAUGGAAAAGAAUCCCACUUAGUGACAAGUCAUCAAAUGUUUGUCACAUGUGAUGAAGAAAAAUAUGUAUACUUGGCAUAGAGAAAAAUAUAUACCUGGUACAUUGGAGAAAAAUAAUUACACUUUCAAAGAGAAUUCCCUUUGCAAUUUUAUGUUUGGAUCACCACUGUAAGCACAUUUUAUUUACAUUUGAUCUGUAUUUGUAUAUGCUGGUGCAAUGAUAAAAAUCACUGUAAUACUUUAUUGUGUUGUACUGGAUGCAAAGCUAGAAAAUAUUGCAAUAAAUGAGACCGAUGAAAGACUUCUCUGAAAA